AUGGAGGCAGGAGGAUGCAUAAAGGUUUGGGCUCCCAGUUUGUUCUUCAUAGCCCUUUCUUGUCUCGAAGCCUUUCCGUUUUCAUUUCCAUCUUCAUCUGCUGCUGCUGCUGCUGCUGCUUCUGGAGAUUGCAGCUUAGAUUUCAGUACUUACCCGUACAAGCCAAUCGGGGGGUGCGAUCAAGUCCAUGAAAAGCUUCAGGACUGGCGAGGAUUCCCCAAGACGAGGUGCUGUCAAAAUGCUCUCGUUGUUUUUUCCAACGCGUUAGCCGUUCACGCGAGGAAAAGUUUGUUUGGAAACAUCUUCCUUGAUCCCGACGGCUGGAAUGACUGCAGUAGACCGUUUGGUCGCCAACCUAAUAUGUCAGUUCAAUCAUGUGGCUUCGAUGGUUUCUUCUACGGAAGUGGUAAAUGCACGUCACUUCAGCUAGACGAGAUAAACCAGAGUGUUGCUGCACGGUGCUCUAGCUUUGGAACUUCUUCAUUCGAUGAUGUGUGUGAAGGCUGCCUCUCUGCAAUAUCGAAUGCAUUGGGAAAAAUGGUGGCUGAUGUAAAAGUUAAGGGGAAUCAUACGGAGAAAGCUUUGUGUCUAGUUAGCAUAAUUGUCUCGGUUAUAGCUGGGAAUGGAAACAAUACCUCUCAGAUCGAUGAGUUCAACCGGUGCUUGCCUGCUUUAGCCGCUCCAGAGCUGAAGAACCACAUCAAGAUUCGAAAAAGUGCCGCAAGAGCUCUGCUAUCAGCAAUUUUCGUAAUGGCUGGAUUAAUUGUCGUGAUUGCAUUGAUUAGAAGCGUCACAAAUACUACUAAGUCCGCGAAGAAACCUCUGCUGAACAAGGACAUUAAGGACCCGUGCUCGGGGCUCUACUGGUUCUCCAAAGCCGAGAUUGAGAAAGCAAUCGACUACAGCAAUGAAAGGAAGUACCUCGGAAAAGGCAGUGCAGGACAGGUAUUCAAGGGGAUGUUGCCGAGCGGACAGCCAGUGGCGAUCAAGCAGGUUUACAAGAACAACACAUCUGAUUCGUUCACUAGGGAAAUAGAAGGCCUUUCUAGAGUUCGACAUCCAAAUCUUGUGAAUCUUUUUGGUUGCUGCGUGGAAGACGGGGAGCAGUACUUAGUGUAUGAAUACUGUCCAAACGGAAAUCUGGCGCAGCACAUUCUAGGGAAAGACGCCGUCAUACCAUGGGAGACGAGGGUGAAGAUCCUAAGGAACUGUGCAUUCUCUCUCAAGCAUCUUCAUAACCACAUUGAUGGCUGCCUCGUGCACAGAGACAUCAAGCUAACGAACAUUCUUCUGACUCGUGACAUGGAUCCAAAGCUCUCCGACUUUGGGCUCGCGAAAAUGUUGGGCAUGGAGGAGAGUAGAGUAUACACAAAUGUUCGGGGAACAAUUGGAUACAUGGAUCCAGAAUACAUGGUCAGUGGCAAACUGACGAGCGCUAGUGACAUCUACAGUUUUGGUAUCGUCAUUCUGCAACUCUUAUCUGGCUAUGCCUUAGACCUUGACCUCGACGCCAGAGACGACCUCAUACAAAAGGCAAAGGAAGUGAACAUGGGGAAGCUACCACUUAUUGAUUUUCAAGACCCGAGGCUAAAAGGAGAAGUAAUCUGUGUGGAUUUCGAGUCCAUAUUGCAAAUAGCAGUGCUGUGUGUAGCCAGUUCAAGCUCUGGCCGUCCCACGAUAGAAUUGGUUUGCCAAGAGCUGGAAAAGGCCAGGAAAAACACACAGAAGGAGAUGAGAGCAAGGAAGGAGAGGGGCUUAGUAGCAACAACGCCGUCAAAAUCACCAGAACUCAUUCAAGUGUGAUAAAGAAAGUACACAGCAUGUUACUCAAUCCUUUUUGAGAUGAUGCUUGUAAAUUAUACAAAUAAAUGGUUUAAAAAGUGUAAUGACUUACCAGUAGACAUGGAAUUUAUCCCAAGAUUCAAAUA